AUGUCACAUAAUAUCGAGAAACUGCUGGUCACGAAAUACCUAGAUUGGAGAAGGACAAUAUACUGGUCACACCAUAAAUCUAGAUUGGAGAAGGAAAAUACUGGUCACACUAUAUCCAGAUUGGAGAAGGAUAAUACUGGCCACGAUAUAUCUAGAUUGGAGAAGGACAAUACUGGCCACGAUAUAUAUAGGUUUGAACAGGACAAUACUGGUCACGCUAUAUAUAGAUUUGAGAAGGACAAUACUGGUCCCACUAUAUCUAGAUUGGAGGACAAUACAGGUCACACUAUAUCCAGAUUGGAGAGGGACAAUACUGGUCACACUAUAUCCAGAAUGGAGAAGGACAAUACUGGUCGAAUUAUAUCUAGAUUGGAGAAGGAUAAUACUGGUCACACUAUAUCCACAUUGGAGAAGGACAAUCCUGGUCACACUUUAUCUAGAUUGGAGAAGGACAAUCUGAUUGGAGAAGGACAAUCUGGUAACACUAUAUCCAGAUUGGAGAAGGAUAAUACUGGUCUCACUAUAUCCAGUCGGAGAAGGAUAAUCUCACUAUAUCCAGUCGGAGAAGGACAAUACUUGUCUCACUAUAUCCAGAUUGGAGAAGGACAAUCUGGCAACACUAUAUCUAGAUUGGAGAAGGACAAUACUUGUCUCACUAUAUCCAGAUUGGAGAAGGACAAUCUGAUUGGAGAAGGACAAUCUGGCAACACUAUAUCUAGAUUGGAGAAGGACAAUACUGGUCUCACUAUAUCUAGAUUAGAGAAGGACAAUCUGAUUGGAGAAGGACAAUCUGGUAACACUAUAUCCAGAUUGGAGAAGGACAAUACUGGUCUCACUAUAUCCAGUUGGAGAAGGACAAUCUGUAACACUAUAUCCAGAUUAGAGAAGGACAAUACUUGUCUCACUAUAUCCAGAUUGGAGAAGGACAAUCUGGUAACACUAUAUCAGAUUGGAGAAGGACAAUACUUGGUCUCACUAUAUCCAGAUUGGAGAGGACAAUCUGGUAACACUAUAUCCAGAUUAGAGAAGGACAAUACUUGUCUCACUAUAUCCAGAUUGGAGAAGGACAAUCUGGUAACACUAUAUCCAGAUUGGAGAAGGACAAUACUGGUCUCACUAUAUCCAGUUGGAGAAGGACAAUCUGGUAACACUAUAUCCAGAUUAGAGAAGGACAAUACUUGUCUCACUAUAUCCAGAUUGGAGAAGGACAAUCUGAUUGGAGAAGGACAAUACUGGUCUCACUAUAUCCAGAUUGGAGAAGGACAAUCUGGUAACACUAUAUCCAGAUUGGAGAAGGACAAUCUGGUAACACUAUAUCCAGAUUGGAGAAGGACAAUACUGGUCUCACUAUAUCCAGAUUGGAGAAGGGACAAUACUGGUCUCACUAUAUCAGUUGGAGAAGGACAAUCUGGUAACACUAUAUCCAGAUUAGAGAAGGACAAUACUUGUCUCACUAUAUCCAGAUUGGAGAAGGACAAUCUGAUUGGGAAGGACAUUACUGGUCUCACUAUAUCAAGAUUGGAGAAGGACAAUACUGGUCUCACUAUAUCUAGAUUGGAGAAGGACAAUACUGGUCUCACUAUAUCAAGAUUGGAGAAGGACAAUACUGGUCUCACUAUAUCCAGAUUGGAGAAGGACAAUACUGGUAACACUAUAUCUAGAUUGGAGAAGGACAAUACUAGUCUCACUAUAUCCAGAUUGGAGAAGGACAAUACUGGUCUCACUAUAUCCAGAUUGGAGAAGGACAAUACUGGUCUCACUAUAUCUAGAUUGGAGAAGGACAAUACUGGCCUCACUAUAUCAAGAUUGGAGAAGGACAAUACUGGUCUCACUAUAUCAAGAUUGGAGAAGGACAAUACUGGCCUCACUAUAUCAAGAUUGGAGAAGGACAAUACUGGUCUCACUAUAUCCAGAUUGGAGAAGGACAAUACAGGUCACCCUUCACUUAGAUGGAAGCUGGAAUAA